UAAUGCCAUGGCUGCAGAUGAAAGCGCUACGGAAAAGCAAGCAGGGGAACCAAAAAUGGCAGUGGACGGCGAAACCAACGGCUCCUGCGAGCACAGCGAGGCUGGUGGCCACCCAAACCCAGCUAAAACCACUCAGGACAACACAAAAGUGAGCCAGCAGGACUCUGGCAGCAAGUUGAACAGGAUAGCAGAGAACGGCAUCUCGGAGCGGGACGGCGAGGCCGGCAAGCAGAACCACCUGAAGGCUAAUGACUUCCCCCAGAGCGCCCUGACGGGCAGCAAUGGAUAUAUCCUAACCAAGCAGAUGGCACAGGAGCAGCCCCUAAGGACUACCAGCACCUUUGCUUCUCUCACUGGCCACGCUGCAAAAACCCUGCCGGGAGGAGCGAGCAAAGGCAGGACUGUGGGCUCCUUCUCUCAGCUGCAGGCCACCGUGCCGAGCAAGCUCGGGGAGGGCAGUAAGGACAUGGAUGCUAAGAAAGCCCUCGCUGCUAACACUGAAGUCAAGGUCCACAGAGCACGGAAGACAAUGCCUAAACCCACCCCCAGCCUGGAGUUGCUUCCUGAACUGGGAUCGAAGCUGACUCUGAAACAGCAUGCAAGUAAAGACCCCAAAGAUGGGAGAGACAGCAGAGAUCGAAAAGAACCCAAGGAGGAAGGCAACAAAAACAUCCUGGAGUUUGGGAAACCGUUGCCAUUGCCCUCUCUCCCAGGCCUUCACCAGUCACUACCUCAGAACCAGAGCUAUGUGGCCACCACGAAGUCGCAGACAGCUGCUGCAGUAUCUCGGAAGAAAAAACGGAGAAUGGGAACCUAUAGCCUGGUUCCCAAGAAAAAGACCAAAGUGUUAAAACAGAGAACAAUGAUUGAGAUGUUUAAGAGCAUAACUCAUUCCUCUAUGGGUGCCAAGAGUGAAAAGGACCUGGGUGAUGCCAGCCUUCAUGUGAACGGGGAAAGCAUAGAUGUAGACUCUGAAGAGGAAGACUCUGAUGAGUUGGAAGAGGAGGAUGAUCACGGAGCAGAACAGGCAGUUCUGUUUCCUGUAGAUGAUAACAGGACCUCUAAAGACAGCGCAUCCGAUGCAGACGCCAGAAAGCUUGAUGAUGGCGACUCUGAGGAGGAGCAAGAGUCCGGAGAGUCGAUCGAGGAGGAGGAGGAUGGCGAUGAGUCUGACUUGAUGCAGACUUGGCAAGUGGUAGAGCCAGCGAUGUUUUCUUCACAACCUGAAGCUCUGCACGGCUUUGGAGCUCAGAGCUCGGAGUCCAGCAUCAAGAAGAAGCUGCUGAAGAGGAAAGGAAAGAUGGAAAGUCCGUGGCUGAAACCCACUCGCAAGAGGAGACGGAGGAAUAAAAAGAAACAAGGCGGUGUGCUAGGUGCCGAAGCCUAUAAACCAUCUUUGGUAGGCAGAGAAGGCCCUGGUCAGGAGAACAGUAUGGAGUACAUGGAGGUGUCCCUGGAUUCCCUGGAUCUCCGGGUGAAGGGAAUCCUCUCCUCGCCAGCGGGAGGUCUUUCCAAUGGUCCUGAAGCAAUGGAAGUAGAUGGUCUCCAGGAAGUCCCCCUCUGUAGCUGUCGAAUGGAAACCCCCAAAAGCAGAGAGAUCACCACGCUAGCCAACAACCAGUGCAUGGCCACGGAGAGUGUGGAUAAUGAGCUGGGCCGCUGCACAAACAGUGUGGUUAAGUAUGAACUGAUGCGCCCGUCUAACAAAGUCCAGCUUUUGGUGCUGUGUGAGGACCAUAGAGGGAGGAUGGUGAAACACCAGUGUUGCCCUGGCUGUGGAUACUUUUGCACUGCAGGCACUUUCAUGGAGUGUCAGCCCGAGAGCAGCAUCUCCCACCGUUUCCACAAGAGCUGUGCCUCCCAGGUCAACGACAUGAGCUACUGCCCCCACUGCGGGGAGGAGGCCUCCAAGGCGAAGGAGGUGACAAUAGCGAAGGCAGACACGACCUCGACGGUGUCCCUGGCCUACGAGCAGCAGAAACCAGCAGCUGUGGAGGGAAGGGCUGACACCACCACGGGGAGUGGCACUGGGACUCGGUUGUCAGAGGAAGACAAGCCAGAAAGUUCAGCUGCUGAGGGGUUUGACAUGGCUGGGUCUUCAGUUUUUCCAAAGCCUACUACUAGCCUGAGCCAGGGACCCGUUAAAGAAACUCUGGAAAGUGCCCUGAUUGCCCUGGACUCUGAAAAACCCAAGAAGUUACGGUUCCAUCCAAAGCAGUUGUACUUCUCUGCAAGGCAAGGAGAGCUGCAAAAGGUCCUGCUGAUGUUGGUGGAUGGAAUUGACCCUAAUUUUAAAAUGGAGAAUCAGAAUAAGAGAACUCCUCUGCAUGCUGCUGCUGAGUCUGGCCAUGUGGACAUCUGCCAUAUGCUGAUUCAGGCUGGUGCUAACAUAGACAGCUGCUCUGAAGACCAGAGGACUCCACUGAUGGAAGCAGCAGAAAACAACCACCUGGAAACUGUGAAAUACCUUAUCAAGGCUGGAGCACUGGUAGAUCCUAAGGAUGUGGAGGGCUCCACUUGUCUGCACCUGGCUGCCAAGAAGGGGCACUACGACGUUGUUCAGUACCUCCUCUCCAAUGGGAAGAUGGACAUCAACUGCCAGGACGACGGAGGCUGGACGCCGAUGAUCUGGGCCACCGAGUACAAGCACAUCGAGCUGGUGAAGCUGCUGCUUGCCAAGGGCUCAGACAUCAACAUCCGGGACAAUGAGGAAAAUAUCUGUUUGCACUGGGCUGCUUUUUCUGGCUGUGUGGACAUAGCAGAGAUCCUGCUGGCUGCUAAGUGUGAUCUGCACGCUGUGAAUAUCCACGGGGACUCACCCCUGCACAUUGCAGCCAGGGAGAACCGCUACGAGUGCGUCGUUCUCUUUCUUUCCCGUGGCUCGGAUGUCACUUUAAAGAACAAGGAGGGUGAGACUCCACUCCAGUGCUCCAGCCUUAACUCUCAGGUCUGGGUGGCCCUACAGAUGAACAAGACUCUAAAAGAAUCAUCUACUGAGAAGCCUCCCCAGAUAGACAAGGUGGUGAGCAGAGACAUCGCCCGGGGCUACGAGCGGAUCCCCAUCCCCUGCGUCAACUCGGUGGACAGCGAGCCCUGCCCCACCAACUACAAGUACGUGUCGCAGAACUGCGUCACCUCCCCGAUGGACAUCGACCGGAACAUCACCCACCUGCAGUAUUGUGUGUGUAUAGACGACUGCUCCUCCAGCAACUGCAUGUGUGGCCAGCUCAGUAUGCGCUGCUGGUAUGAUAAGGAUGGCCGACUCCUGCCUGAGUUCAACAUGGCUGAGCCGCCGCUGAUCUUCGAGUGCAAUCACGCGUGCUCCUGCUGGAGAACCUGCAGGAACCGGGUGGUGCAGAACGGCCUCAGGACUCGGUUGCAGCUCUACCGGACGCAGCGGAUGGGCUGGGGAGUGCGGACAACGCAGGACAUCCCCCUGGGAACCUUCGUCUGCGAGUAUGUUGGGGAGCUGAUAUCUGACUCCGAGGCAGAUGUCCGUGAGGAGGACUCCUACCUCUUCGACCUUGACAACAAGGAUGGAGAGGUCUACUGCAUCGAUGCUCGUUUCUACGGCAACAUCAGCCGCUUCAUCAACCACCUCUGCGAGCCCAACCUCAUCCCCGUGCGCGUCUUCAUGGCGCACCAGGACCUGCGCUUCCCCAGGAUCGCCUUCUUCAGCACCAGGCACAUAGAAGCCGGAGAGGAGAUCGGCUUUGACUACGGAGACAGGUUCUGGGACAUCAAAGGCAAAUUCUUCAGCUGUCAGUGUGGUUCACCCAAGUGCAAACACUCGAGCUCAGCGCUGGCCCAGCGCCAGGCCAGCACCUCCUCGUCCCAGGACACGCAGGAAAAUGGGCUCCCCGACACCAGCUCUGCCACGGCAGCCGGCCCCUUUUGAGGCUCUGCUCCCCAGAGACUGACUGGUUUUAACCCUUUAGGUUCACAUACUGUCUGAGUUUCCAUUUAAAGAGAGAAAAACAGAAACAAAACCAACAAACCCACACAAAACCCUUCAAAGGAAGAAAACAAAGGCACUCAAGGAAAGCCAGGCCAGGGCUUGGGACACUUAGGGCUGUGCCACCGACUGUUAACUCGAGGAGUGAGUCAGAGCAAAUCCCUCCUGAGUGAUGUUCUCCCUCUCCCCACGCCAGGCAAGCUGCUGGGUUUCCCAGGUGUGUAUGGAGGAUGGGGAGGCUGCUGAGUUUGAUUUUCCAGGUGAGUUGUCCUGGCCUCUGACUCUCCACGUGCCGAGUGUGGUGCGAGCCCGGGAGCGCCGCGGGUCCCCGGAGGGAUGGCUCGUGCCCGCGCAUCUCCGCUUCACCUGUAAUAAACUCUCAAUACUUGAUGGGACUUUCUUUCUGAAAGCCAAGGGGGAAGUGGGGAGGGAGAGGGAAAGGGAGGUGCUGGCCUUUGCCUUGGCUUGGCACAGCCCUGGGGGCAGGCUCUGCUGGUCGCUUUGUGUUGGUUUGGUCGGUUGUUGGUUUUUAACCCUCGAUUCCUCCCACGCCUGCCAGGACGCUGCGGUGAGGCCUUUGCCCAGGAGCUGGAGGGCGUUUCUGCCAACCCCCCUCCUGCUCACCAAACCCACC